GAGCACAAAGUCAGUCGAGUUGCCUCCCUUCCUAACUCCCCGUCCCCCGUUUCCGCACGCUUGUGCCCACGCCUACCCGUUAUAUCUUCUCCACCCAUGUAUUAACCCUUUCAGCCUCACGUGCCAGUCUGGAAAUCUUCCUCACACACAAAAAAAAGUAGGGAUCGCAUCCUCCAUAGGGUUACAAAGCACGCCCGCAUGGGUGAACGCAAGACACUCCGCUUCUGGGUAAUAAGUCUAUUUUGGUUCUGUUCCACCUCCUCCCUCAGCUUGCCCCACUCCAACGUUUUCGCUCCCCCCUCCCCUCCAUCCUUUCCCUGUUCUGAUGCGACCCAGCGCCGAUGUCCAGCCCACCCACCCCCAUCCACACGUUCUGCCCCUCUUACACCGGCGUGCGGCAGUGGUGUGCGAGAUAUAAAGGGCCAUUGCCGGCGACCAGAAAGGACACAGAAGAUCACCGGCUAGCUGCCUGCAACACGCCCCGACUGGCCUGACCAUUGGCAGUGACCACUUUCACUGUGCCUUAGGCGAAGCUCGCCAGACGACACCUCACUCACACACAUACAUUUACACGCACGCACGUGCAGCACACAAGCAAACGCGCUUGCGUUCGCUCUGCCCUCAUCCACCAGCAGCACCACCAGUGCCCUCACCGCCUUCUCCCUCUCUCUCUCACCCUACACAGACAGCGGGGAGCAUCAAGACCCCUUCGUCUUCCUUUGCGGACCGCGGGUAGACUAGAAGCUAAUCUCCGCCGCAGAGGCAGGCCGCCAGAGGUCAGCGGGUGCGGCUACCCAAGGACAGACAAGAGGGUUCAAUUUCUCGCUCCAGUAGACAGACAUGGCACCAGCACAACAGCUGCUCGCCGCCGCCUUCGGCCUGUGCGGGUUUUUGUUUCUUCUUCACGUCGACUCCGUGAACAGCAUAUCCUGCGUGCAGUGUACACCCUCUGACCCCCGCUGUGACUCCGGAAACCUGGAACCAGCCGAGUGUGAUGACUCUCACAGCUUCUGCGCCAUGUACAGAGUAUUCGUCGGCAAUUCACAAGGUGUCUUUCGUGGCUGCAGCCAGCACCGACUUCGCGGGUGCCGGACAAAAAUAAUCGAGAAGCAAGAGUCCAUGGUCUGCUACCAGACCUGCUCCUGGGACGGCUGUAACUCUGGAUACGGCACCGCCAUGUCUCUCUUGUUGUAGACAUUGAUGUCUACACCUUCUACACACGUCUACUUAUGUCUUCACGUCAUGACCAAACUUUGACUUGCUUAACACACCAUGACAAGAGGACUGCAUUGACCGUGGAACUUUUCUUUAGAAACCGCCUUUGAAACGAACAAUUUUCUGAUUUAGUUCCUUCAUCAUAUUAUAACAGACAUUAAGAUUAUUCUUCAAUGAUAUUCUACCUGAAUUACAAAAUAGACAAACAGUUUCACUUCAGCUUUUUUAACUUAAAAAGUCAUCUUUUGUUUUCAAUGUUUCUUGAUCAAAAUUAUCUCGAAAUUUUUAAGCAGACACUCCUGCCUUAAGCGCCAGAGUCAUUGAAGGCUUUAAAAAUGUUGUUUUUCUGCUUGUCGUUCAUAUAUGGCGAUAUUUGUUGACUUCCUGCUGAAGAGUUGCCAGGAUGAUGUCUCAAGAUGAUUCUCCUUGCGGUCUUGAAGGAACAGGAGACUAAAGAGGGUGAUAACCCUUAUAAAAUAUGUUUUCUUUUCGCGGUGACAGUUUUCCGGUUCACAGAGUCCGCGUUAUAUUGUAUUAUUUUUGUCCAGAAAACUGAAAAAAAGUUUUAAAUCUGA